AUGAUGCGAGGUUUUACUUUGCUCUCAGCGCUCGUUGCUUUGGCGUCUGGUGUCUCCGCGCAUUAUCGGUUUACUUCCCUAAUUGUUGGAACAACCACCACAUCCCCUUAUCAAUAUGUUCGUUCAAACACGAAUUCGAAUUCCCCCAUCACCGACGUAACCUCAAACGACCUGCGCUGUAACGCCGGAGGCCUUGCUUCAGGACCAAGCACACAGACGGCUACCGUUUCUGCUGGCACGACGGUUGGAUUUGCACUAGAUCAAGCCAUAUUCCACCAAGGAACAUUGAAUGUUUAUAUGGCUAAGGCCCCCGACAAUGUUGCCGCCUCGGAUUUCGACGGCUCUGGUACUGUGUGGUUCAAAGUUCACGUAUACUUGACUCAAUUCUCUUUCCAACUCCCCGACGCGUUGCCCAGCGGACAAUAUCUCCUCCGCGUCGAACAUAUCGCACUUCACGGCGCGUCAUCCUUUGGAGGCGCCCAAAUUUACAUCUCCUGUGCUCAGCUGAACGUAAUCAACGGCGGGAAUGGAGCACCUGGUCCAUUGGUCGCCAUUCCUGGUGUUUAUGAUGGACACGAGCCUGGUAUUCAAAUCAACAUUUACUGGCCGGUGCCCGUGUCUUACACGCAGCCAGGACCUGCCGUAUGGUUGGGAUGA